AUGGUAAUAUAUUUGUAUUCGCUAAUUACCGAGCGAUAUUUCUCUGACUUCGAUUUAAAAUACAGUGGUGAAACAUUCCCGGCGAUUCCUGGUGGUGAUCCGAGGAGCUAUCCGAGCACUGGCUCAGCCGUGCUAUUACCGUUGCAGAAUCUUGAAGCGGUAAACUCCACGGCGAUCCUCCUCCGUGACGGGAGGGGUGGAAGCAAUCCUCACGCGUUCUAUAACUUCACCGGAGUGCUUUUUCCGACAGAGUUAAGCUUGGAAGCUUUCUCACCGGAAGGGUUUUUUGUUCAUUUUCGGUAUGGCUGUUGGGAAUUAGAUAUCUUUAUCUAUAUGAAAAGAUUGUAA